AUGUCGCCUUUCCUGAGGAUUGGGCUGUCCAAUUUUGACAGUGGCCCCUACCUCCCUUCGCAAGGAGACGUGAUCGAUCCUUAUUGCGCUGUGAUGGUGAAGGAGGCAGUGGCAGCUGAGAAAGGCCCCGUGUUUGUCCAGAAGAAGCCAACAAUGUAUCCUCCUUGGAACAGCACGUUCGAUGCCCACAUCCACAGGGGCCGUGUCAUGUACAUUGUGGUGAAGGACAAGAGUGCAGAGAUGGUUUCGGAGACCACCGUGGAGCUCAACCUCGUUGCUGAAAAGUGCAAGAAAAAUAACGGGAAAAUUGAAAUCUGGCUGGAAUUAAAACCCCAAGGAAGGAUGUUAAUGAAUGCAAGAUACUUUUUGGAAAGUACUGAUGAUCCAGAGUUUAUCGACUGUGAAAAGGAGGGUUUUUUCUCUCUGCAUCAACGGAGAGGAGCCAUCAAGCAAGCGAAGAUUCAUAAUGUCAAGUGCCACGAGUUUACAGCCACUUUCUUUCCCCAGCCCACGUUCUGUUCUGUUUGCCACGAAUUUGUCUGGGGCCUUAACAAGCAAGGUUAUCAGUGCAGGCAAUGCAAUGCUGCGAUUCACAAGAAGUGUAUUGACAAAGUCAUCGCAAAGUGUACGGGAUCGGCUAUUAACAGUAGAGAAACUAUGUUCCACAAAGAAAGGUUUAAGAUCGACAUGCCCCAUCGCUUCAAGGUGUACAAUUAUAAAAGCCCCACCUUCUGUGACCAUUGUGGAACACUGCUCUGGGGCCUGGCACGGCAGGGCUUAAAAUGCGACGCCUGCACAAUGAACGUCCACCACAAGUGCCAGACCAAAGUGGCAAAUCUUUGCGGCGUGAACCAGAAACUCAUGGCCGAAGCAUUGGCGCUGAUUGAGAGCAGGCAACAAGCCCUAAGUCUGCGUGAUUCAGAGCAGAUUUUACGAGAAGGACCGGUUGAAAUUUCCUGUGUGAAAGAGGAACCGCUCAGCCCUUCUGUGCCCCCAACAGGCAGAAAAGAACCACAAGGAAUUUCCUGGGAAUCCCCAGCAGAUGACAUCCCGAUUUCUGAUUCUCUACUGGAACUGAGGAAAGAUAUUCAAGUAGAAUUGCCAAAGUUAACCAUCGAUGAUUUUUACUUGCACAGAAUCCUGGGGAAAGGAAGUUUUGGCAAGGUUUUCCUUGUUGAGCUCAAAACCACAAACCAGUUUUUCGCCAUGAAAGCCCUGAAGAAGGAGGUGGUUCUGAUGGAUGAUGACGUGGAAUGCACCAUGGUGGAGAAGCGUGUCCUCUCCCUGGCUUGGGAGCACCCAUUUCUCACCCACGUCUUCUGUACUUUCCAAACUAAGGAGAACCUCUUCUUUGUAAUGGAAUACCUCAAUGGAGGAGACCUGAUGUUCCAUAUUCAGAACUGCCACAAAUUUGAAAUGGACCGAGCGAGGUUCUAUGCUGCUGAAAUUAUUUGUGGGCUGCAGUUCCUUCAUUCCAAAGGCAUCAUAUACAGAGACCUCAAGCUUGAUAAUGUUCUCCUUGACAAAGAAGGCCACAUCAAGAUUGCUGACUUUGGAAUGUGCAAAGAGAACAUGCUAGGGGACGCUAAAACGAGCACCUUCUGUGGGACUCCCGAUUAUAUUGCCCCCGAGAUUCUUCUUGGGCAGAAAUACAACAUGGCCGUUGAUUGGUGGUCCUUCGGGGUCCUUCUGUACGAGAUGCUGAUUGGCCAGUCUCCCUUCCAUGGCCAGGAUGAAGAAAUGCUCUUCCAGUCCAUCCGCAUGGACAGCCCAUUCUACCCCCGCUGGCUUGACAAGAUUGCAAGGGACCUCUUAGUAAAGCUUUUCGUUAGAGAGCCAGAGAGGCGGCUGGGAGCCAGAGGGAAUAUUCGACAGCAUGCCUUCUUUCAGGAAAUCACAUGGGAAGCUUUGGAAAGAAAAGAGAUUGACCCGCCUUUCAGGCCCGUCGUGAAAUCGCCAGGAGACUGCAGCAAUUUCGACAAGGAAUUUAUCAACGAAAAACCCCGGCUCUCCAUCGGCGACCGGACCCUCAUCAACAGUAUGGACCAAAACAUGUUUAGGACUUUUUCGUUUACCAACCCCAUCAUGGAGAAAUUGCUAUCCUGAGGAACGACCUAUGAAAGAUGCAUCCUGGUGAAGUCAAUCCAGACAGCGGGAAGUGACUGCCAGGGCUGGUUUUUGGCCUCUACCUGUCCCCUACUCUGAACUUGCAGGUUGUGAGAGUGCAACAAUUGGGUGAGAUAUCCUCGCGCAUCCUGUAUUCUCAUUCACCGGGCAACCAGGAGGACGGAAGGACCUGCUUUGAGAAGAAGACUUGCAGUGACUCCUUGUUCUGACUCAGCUCCCCAAACAUGGCAAACCCUUUGAAGUGAAUUCAAAAAAUUGCCUUUAUUAGGAAUGUCAGUAGCCCCAGUAAAAAGUUCUUGCAGGCUAAC